AUGAGUUCUGGUGUAUUGCCAAAACCUCAGAUGCAUGGUCUUCUGGCCAAAUGCCUGCAGGUUCACAUUGUUGGCACAUUCAUUGUGGCCCUGGGAGUUACUGCUUCCUGUAAGUUUGGCACGUCUGAACCCAGAAAGAAGGCGUAUUCAAAUUUCUACAGGAAUUACAACUCCAUGGAGGACUUUGAAGAGAUGAGGAAGGCUGGUAUCUUCUAG